GUUGAGAUAAACAACACUGGUGAAACUAACCCAAAAAUUUUGACCGACACAAAUUUGGGGUUUCUAUUGUGUUUAUAUACUACAUUUCUGACUUUAUUUAUCUUAUUCUUAAGAAGAGCUGGAUGAAGGAUCAUUGCUAUAAUGAUAUUGUGCCCUCAGUUCGUGAUGUUAAGAGAAACGUUGAGAUAAACCUGUCACCUGAAGUGUGACUAUAACCUUAACGUUAUAGCGUCAAGAUGUCUAAAAAGGUGUCCUAUUUCUACAGCCCCGAUGUGGGCAAUUUCCACUAUGGGCCAGGACAUCCGAUGAAACCUCAUCGACUCUCCGUCAUUCAUAGUCUAGUGCUCAACUAUAAUCUGCAUAAGAAAAUGCAGCUCUAUAGGCCUUACCGUGCCAGUGUUCACGAUAUGUGCCGAUUUCAUUCAGAAGAAUACAUUGACUUUCUCCAGAGAGUUACUCCGCAAAACCUUCAGCAGUAUACAAAAUAUUUGAGCCAUUUUAAUGUUGGUGACGAUUGCCCUGUGUUUGAAGGGCUAUUUGACUUCUGUUCAAUGUACACUGGUGCAUCAUUAGAAGGAGCGAUAAAGCUCAAUCAUAACAGUUGUGAUAUAGCUAUCAACUGGUCUGGUGGGCUACAUCAUGCUAAAAAGACUGAAGCUAGUGGAUUUUGUUAUGUUAAUGAUAUUGUGAUAGGAAUCCUUGAACUUCUGAAGUACCACCCUCGUGUACUGUACAUUGACAUUGAUGUGCAUCAUGGUGAUGGGGUGCAAGAAGCAUUCUACUUGACUGAUAGAGUCAUGACUGUGUCAUUCCACAAGUAUGGAAAUUACUUCUUCCCCGCCACUGGUGAUAUGUAUGAAAUAGGAGCAGAAAGUGGUCGCUAUUACUCUGUCAAUGUACCUUUAAGAGAAGGCAUUGACGAUGCAAGUUAUUAUUCUGUAUUUAAACCAGUAAUAUCUGCUGUGAUGGAGUUCUUCCAGCCAACCGCGAUUGUAUUGCAAUGUGGUGCUGAUUCUUUAGGCAAUGACCGAUUGGGUUGUUUUAGUUUAAGCACUAAAGGUCAUGGUGAAUGUGUCAAGUUUGUCCGAGACUUAAAUGUACCCCUUCUCACUUUAGGAGGUGGAGGGUACACCCUUCGCAAUGUUGCCCGAUGUUGGACGUACGAAACAUCUCUGCUUGUUGAUGAAGACAUUAACAAUGAGAUUCCCUAUAAUGAGUAUUUAGAGUAUUUUGCUCCCGACUUCACUCUGCACCCUGAGGUUGUGACUCGGCAAGAUAAUGCUAACUCCAAACAGUACCUGGAAGCCAUUACAAAACAUGUAUAUGAUAAUUUAAAAAUGGUUCAGCAUGCCCCCAGCGUUCAAAUGCAAGACGUUCCUGGUGAUGCCUUAGCUGUACAAGAAAGGGAUGCGAUUAUGAAGGAUGAAGCUGACCCUGAUGUAAGAAUAAAUCAAAUAGAUGAAGACAAAAUGGUUGAACCAGCUGGGGAAUUUUUUGAUGGUGACAAAGACCAGGACAAGCCAGAUACAGUACCUAGUGUCUAAACAAUGUUUUGUUUUGUUUUUUAGUCACUAAUGCAACAAAAAUCUGGGUGAUUGUUAUUAUCGUUCUGUGAAAAUAUGUGAAUGGGUUAUGAAUCAAUUAUGAAGGACAACUUGUUUUCCCAUUGUACAUACAUAAAAUUACAUGAAUGUUUUAAUUUUUUAAAUUUUCUUCACUGUAUUCUUUUAAAGAGUUGAAUUGUUGAGACUGGUUGGGACAUAAGCACUGAGUUAAGGGAUGCAUUUCAGACUUUAGGAUGAUUAUAAUAUUUAGUGCAGAAUGAAAUUUCAACAUAUUCAUCCCUUCAAAUAAAUGUGGCUGUUCUGAUCCUCCAAAUUGAUUAACCGUACUUUAUAGACUUUCCCUUUUAUAAAUUAUUACUUUGUUGUACUAUACAGGGAAAAUUUGGUUUAGUCUCAAGAAUGUAGCAUUGUUUAUCAUACACCUAGAUGGGGGAAAUUUGGGAUCUAAAAUUAAAAGUUUGGCUUCUGGAUCAAAUUUAAGCUUGGAUUCAUUUGUUCCCUCUAGCAGCACCACUUUGUGCUAGUAUGCUGUACAAUGUUGUAGGGUUGCCGUCCACUCUAGACAGGCACCACCCUUACUCCAGUGUAUUGUGUCAAAUCACUUGAUGAGGCUCUGUGAAAUUUUUGUCACUGUUGUAGCUCACCUGUGUUAAAAAUAUGCUUUUCUAUAAAUUUUACCGGGAUGGACAUGUUUUAUUUUUAGAUCUUUAUAUUAUUUACUAUGAUUUUUGUACAUUGGAGUUUAUUUUGAAGUGCAAUAUUGGUUUUGGCAUGUGUAAGAUCAAUGUAAAAAGGAAGAGAGAAAUUACAUUUUUAACAUCAGUUGUAA